AUGGUACGGUCAAGCUGCCGGCCAUGCGCCGGCGCCGGUGCGGCCAUUACACGGUGCGCACGGCCGGCGACACGGCAAACACGGGGCCUGAGUCAGGCUGUGUGGGCACAGGAGUUGCAGAACUCGCCGAUCCAAAGUCAACAACCAAGACCUGCACGGACGCCGCGGCCAAGGCGUUCAAGCUCCGUCUCUGCUCCGGCCCGCAACUUCCACACGACCUCAACCAGCGCUAGCAUAGCAGGGCGGCUGGGCGAUAUGGCCCGGAGUGCAAUUAGUCGGACAGCUGAGCCGUACGGCGCGUUUGGCGUGACGCGGGCCAUCUACCAAAAAUGCACACGACCAGCGGCGUACGACAUCUCGGAGGAGACGCGGCGCAACGACCAGGUGCCUACGACGGAAGACGGCGAGGAACUUGGUGUUGGUGGUGGCGUAUGGCACGAUGAAUUCAACCUUCUCCCCUCCUUUAGUACUUGGUCGCAGGUUACAAUGCUGCACAUGUACCUGGUUAUUACCCGCCUCCGCUGCUUUGACAAGGAGGCCCAUCAGCUGUGGCAGUCCAUGCUGUCGGACCACUUCUUCCAGGAGGCCGAGGAUAAGAUGGAUCGCCUCCACCACAUUACCUCACGCGGCCUGCGCCAGCGCCACCUCCAGGAUCUGUUCAUGGCCUGGCGCGGCGUCAUUGUCGCCUACGACGAGGGAGUCGUGCGCGGCGAUGCCGUCCUGGCCGCCGCCGUCUGGCGCAACCUAUUCAAGGCACACCCGGACGUCGAUCUUCGGCACCUGGCGGCUGUCGUUGCGUGGAUGCGCCGUAGCUUGGCACAGCUGGACCGCAUGCAAGACGAGGGCCUGAUCCUACACGCAGGCGCGGGCAUAUUUGGGUGGGCGCCGCCGACGAUGGACCUGGCGGCGGUGGACGAGCCGGCGACCAAGGAGCUGGGCCUGUUGAUGCAGCAGGCAGCGCGCAAGGAGGAAACGUCGACAGACGGCAGCGCCAAGGUAGUUGCCUCGGCAUAA